UACAUACAAAACCCUGAUGCCAUUAUUGCAUGCUAUUCAUUAUUUCUACAUUGGAGCUUUCUCUUCAUUUGAGUUUUGCUCUUUUCUUGAACUAGUUAUGCACUUAUGCGUUGUAAAUUAGUAUUUAUUUGAGUAGAUUCGUUGAACAGAGUGACAUUAGUUUCCAAGUCAGGGCAGCAUCUGAUUCUUUUAUUUUCAAUUAGUAUUAUUAUUAUUAUGUUUUCUUGGCUUGUAUAUUGCUUUUUAUGACAUGAUGCUAUUUUUUUCUUGUUUACAAAUGAUCUCCUCUGUAUAGCAUAGUCAAAAAUGGGUACACAGGCUUUCCUUAAAUUGCUCAAAGAAUGUUUACAUUUUGAUCAAGUAGGGUUAUUAUAUGAUGAAAUAUAACCCAUAUUCAUUAGUUGUUAAAAAGCUCUCAUGUUUAGGAUUCUGUUGGAUGGUACAGAUAUUCAUUUAACAUGAAUGUGGUUUGUGUUUCUCCUUUGCUGGUUUUAGUCCUAUUUGGGGUUGUGUCGAAUGGGCUUAAUAGCUGCAAUGUUUCAUCGAGGCCUGCUGUUGUUAAUAUUGGAGCUGUAUUCACUUUUGAUUCUACUAUAGGUGCAGCCUCAUAUUUUGCGAUUAAGCAAGCUGUAGAAGAUGUCAACUCCAAUUCAAGUGUUCUUCAUGGAACCAAACUUCAAGUAGAGAUGCGGAAUUCCAAUUGCAGUGGCUUCCAUGGCAUCAUUGGAGCUGUGCAAUUUAUGGAGGCCGAUAUCGUUGCUGUUAUAGGCCCACAAUCUUCUGAAGUAGCCAAUGUUAUGACAAUUGUUGCCAAUGAACUCCAAGUACCAAUUUUGUCAUUUGGUGCCACAGACCCCAGUCUCUCCGCUCUCCAGUUUCCUUUUCUUGUCAGGACGACGCAGAGCGAUCUGUACCAGAUGACUGCAGUCGCUGAUAUUAUUGAUCACUAUGAGUGGAAGCAGGUGAUUGCUAUCUUUAUUGAUGAUGAUUAUGGGAGGAAUGGCGUAGCAGCCUUGAAUGAUGCACUUGAAGCAAGGCGCUGCAAAAUCUCACACAAGGCAGGGAUUCCUCCUGGACAUGGUGUCAGCAGGGGUGAUAUUAUGGACAUUCUUGUUAAAGUGGCAGUGAUGGAGUCCCGGAUCAUAGUUUUGCAUGUUUACCCUGCGCUGGGAUUCACAGUGUUUUCUGUUGCACAGUAUCUAGGAAUGAUGAAUGAUGGAUAUGUGUGGAUAGCUACGGAUUGGCUUUCAUCCGUCUUAGACUCCUCUCUGCACCUUCCUACAGAGAAGAUGGAUUCAAUGCAAGGAGUUUUAGUUUUGCGUCAGCACACACCAGAUUCAGAUAGAAAGAAAACAUUUAUCUCUCGGUGGACCAACUUGACUGAUGGUUCUGUUGGGCUUAAUACUUACGCUCUUUAUGCGUAUGAUAGUGUUUGGCUUGUUGCUCAUGCUAUUGAUUCAUUUUUGAACCAGGGGGGCAUAAUUUCUUUUUCUAACCAUUCUGAAUUGCAUCCUGGAGGAGGCAAUCUUCACCUUGAAGCCAUGAGCGUUUUUGAUGGAGGAAAGCUUCUGUUGAGAGAUAUAUUGCAGAGUGACCUAGUCGGAUUGACCGGACAAAUUAAAUUCAAUGCUGAUAAGUCUCUUGUUAAUCCUGCGUAUGAUGUUAUUAAUGUUAUUGGGACUGGUUUCCGUCAGAUUGGUUAUUGGUCUAACUAUUCUGGUUUAUCAAUAUUUCCUCCUGAGACAUUCUACUCAAAGCCAGCUAAUCUCUCCAAUACGAAGCAAAACUUGUACAGUGUUGUUUGGCCAGGAAACACAGUAAAAAAACCUCGAGGAUGGGUUUUCCCAAAUUACGGGAAGCUACUAAGAAUUGGAGUACCUGAUCGUGUGAGUUACCGUGAAUUUGUAUCGAAAGUGCGAAACACUAAUACUUUUAAAGGGUUUUGUAUUGAUGUGUUUACAGCAGCUGUGAAUUUAUUGCCGUAUGCAGUUCCAUACGAAUUUAUCUCCUAUGGAGAUGGCAAGGAAAACCCAAGCUACACCGGGCUAGUAAAUGAAGUUGCUGCAGGGGUUUUUGAUGGUGCAGUUGGUGACAUUGCCAUAGUCACAAAUCGAACUAAAGUUGUGGAUUUCACACAACCUUUUGCUGCAUCUGGUCUUGUUGUAGUUGCUCCAUUUAAGAAGUUAAACAGUGGUGCUUGGACAUUUCUUAGACCAUUCUCUCCAUCACUCUGGGGUGUAACUGCUGCUUUUUUUCUUUUUAUUGGCGUCGUUGUUUGGACUUUGGAGCAUAGGAUAAAUGACGAGUUCAGAGGGACGCCUAAGACACAGCUAAUAACCGUUCUAUGGUUUAGCUUCUCUACUCUGUUUUUCGCCCACAGAGAGAAUACUAUGAGUACCCUUGGGCGUCUAGUGCUGAUUACAUGGCUGUUUGUUGUACUGAUAGUCAGUUCAAGUUACACUGCAAGCUUAACAUCUAUAUUAACAGUGCAACAGAUGUAUUCUCCAAUUAAAGGGAUUGAAAGUUUGAAAAAAAUUAACCAACCUAUUGGAUAUCAAGUGGGCUCUUAUGCUCGGCGUUAUUUGGUUGAAGAAAUUGGUCUAAAUGAAUCAAUGCUUAAAUCCCUCGGUACACCAGAAGAAUAUUCUGCACAGCUCCAACUUGGUCCGAAGAAUGGAGGUGUUGCUGCAGUGGUUGAUGAACGUCCAUAUGUAGAUCUUUUCAUGUCUAGCCAAUGCAAAUUCAGGGUUAUAGGUCAGGAAUUCACCAAAGCCGGCUGGGGAUUUGCAUUUCCGCGAGACUCUCCCUUGGCAGUGGACUUAUCAACUGCAAUACUAACACUAUCAGAGAAUGGAGAUUUACAGAGAAUUUAUGACAAGUGGCUGUCGAGAAGCACAUGCAGACUAGAUACUGCUGAAAUUGAGUCUAAUCGUCUUCACCUCCGAAGCUUCUGGGGAGUCUUUCUUAUUUGUGGAAUAUCUUGCUUCAUUGCUCUUGUCAUAUACUUCUUUCAGAUUAUACGCCAAUUUCGGGUUUCUUCUCAUGCUGAUUCUGUGUCAGAUGGGCAGAGUACUUCACGUUCUACGCGUCUUCAAAAACUAUUGUCAAUAAUGGACGAGAAGGAAGAUCCGGCAAGGCGACAGAGUAAAAGAAGAAAGGUAGAGAUAGUCAUCAGUUCCUGAUGAUGAUAGAAGAAAUGCUGAGCCUGAGAUACAAAUAUUAAUCUGAACCACAUUCUCUGUCUGUCUCCUCUUCUUUCCCUCCCAAAAAUAAAGCCAUACAUUUAUUUCUACAGGCCUCUUGUUUUCUGAUAUGUUUCCUUGGUCAGCCAAGAAUCAAAAGAUAUAUACAGAACAAAUAUACUUGUUAUGUUCAUAGUUAAAUAAUUUGAGUUAUAGAUGCA